GGUGAUAAGUCGAGCGUAGAGCAAAAACUCAACAAAUUAAGCUAAAAGUUUUCAAUUUCGGCCAAAUCAUACAUAUAGUGUAGGAGGACAAAAGAAUAGCGAAUUUCGAAGAUGGAGGAGUAUAACCGUGAACCCUGUCCCUUUCGCAUCGUCGACGAUUGUGGCGGCGCCUUUGCAAUGGGCUGCAUCGGCGGCGGUCUCUUCCAGGGACUGAAGGGAUUCCGGAAUGCGCCGCAGGGCUUUGGCCGGCGGUUCGCCGGGGGAUUGGCCGCCGUGAAGGCCAGGUCGCCGACAGUGGGCGGCAGCUUCGCCUCGUGGGGCUGCGUCUUCAGCAUGGUGGACUGCACCCUGGUGCAUCUGCGCAAGAAAGAGGACCCCUGGAACUCGAUCAUCAGUGGUGCCAUGACCGGCGGUAUUCUCUCCGCGCGCAACGGAGUGGCCGCGAUGUUCGGAAGCGCCAUCUUGGGCGGAUGCCUGCUCUCGAUGAUCGAGGGCGUGGGCAUCCUGUUCACCCGCAUCUCCGCGGAGCAGUUCCGCAACUUUGAUCCCCAGUCGCAGGCCGAUUAUCAAGGGCCCAGCGAUGUCUUUGCAUUUGAAAAGGUAUCUGUAGUUGAACCGAUAGCGAAAUCUGCACCUCAAACCGGAACUGGAGCUGCCGCAGGAUCCGGCGAUUUUAACUCUGCGCCGGGCUUUGGCUUCCCCGGCGCCAACCAACAGCAGGCCAAUGCCAGCAGCUAAAUUUGAAGUUAUCGUAGUUGUAAUCAUGUUUUCCUUUUCCAUUCGAUCGAGGCCAUUCAGUUUUGUGUGCCCCGAAGGCAUCUAAAUUC